UGCUGUUGAACCGGACUUUUUUCUAAAUCCCUUUAACGGCUUUUGAAAAAUGCCGUUUGUUAUGGACUCAUUCAGAAAUACAUCGAGGAGCUUUGCUGCCAGGCCUGGGGAAUGUUCUGAAACUGUAAAUGCAGAAAUUAAAAGUCUGUAUCGGAGACCUCCCAUAAAACCAAAACCUAAUAUGUGCAUUGAGAGCAUGCCAUCAGAAAUGCUGAUGAAGAUAUUUUCCUAUCUGGAUGCUGUAUCCCUGCUGUGUGUCGCUUGCGUGAACAAGCGCUUCUAUCAUCUGGCCAAUGACAAUGGAAUCUGGCUGAAAAUCUAUUCCGGUUGUUUUCCACCAAAACGGACAAUCUGGAAAAUGAAGUCUGUGCAGACAGAAACUGUUCCCUUGAGCUGUGCUCCUAUACAGGAUAGAAAGCCUGGAUACUGGAAGAAAGAAUACAUCUUGAAACAAAUAGCUGCUGUCACAACUAGAGUAAUGCAACUUGUUAAACCUGUAGACCCGUAUACAGGUCUUCCAAGUAGAAUCAAAAAAGCUAUAAAAGCCUCUGGCUUGAGUUGGAUGAUUGUUCUAAAGGACAGAAAUGGAAAAGAACAUGUAAUGGAGCAGGCAGACCUGUCAUUUAAGGACACAUCUGUUACUAUAUUUUGGUAUAGUGCAAGUUGGCCAUGCUUAGACAUCCUGUCAACCCUAAAAUUAUUUGGAGUGACUCCAUUGCUUCUUGACCAAAGCAAAGCUCCUAGCAGGAAUGGACCCCGUCGACGCUCCCUAAUUGCUGAAUAUGAUCUUUCUAACCUGACUGAAAGUAAUGUCGCACUUGGGGCCAAUAAGCUUGUCCAGCUCUUCAGUCUGAAUCCUGGACUCUUAGUAGGACUUUGGAAGGGAAAAAAUGAAAUUGCUUUGGUUAUGGCAAGUCUUCAUUAUCAUCUACUUCUUGAGAGAAGCACUUUGGGUUCUGCUACUGUUCAAUAUGUCCUUCCACCUAACAAACCUAUACUGGAUGAUGUUGACCCAGAAUAUGGACUGCAUGACUACGACCUACAUCUCGAUAUGCACAGUGGAAGCUGUACUUACCUGUGUGGAACAUUCAAGAGCCUCUUUUGCAGAAAAGGUGACAUUGAAAAUGGAUAUUUAAGGCUCACAGUUGUAAGCUUAAAGGAUAAUACGAAGCAUGUGCCUCUUAUUGGGACAGUUGGCUUAUCCUGGGAAACAGAUGCCUUUAAAGGCAAUGUAAAGGACUGUUAUAUGAUGGAUGUUACUCUCUUGGAUGAAAACUCGAAAGCCCUUCUGGUGUUUCAGUGCCCCAGUCCUGCAUGGAAACUGUCUUCCAAGGCAUCCAGCCUUUAUGACUACGUGGGUUGUGUCUAUACCACAGACUAUGCAGAUUCAGAGGGUAAAGUCUGUGUUGAGUUGGUAUGGCUGGAAGAAACCAAAGAGUAUUUCAUAGUCAGUCUGGUGCUUUACGUAAGCACAGAAAAGGUUAAUAACUGGUAUGGAACAAACUACUGA